AUGGACCUAGACGAUCGAUUGGAAAAGGAAGAACUAAUAAAUGAUCAGUCAAAUGAUGGUGAUAGCGAUCCAGCUGACAAAAAGAAACCAGUCGACACGUUUAAUAGCGUUGAUAACAAUUCGAAAUCUCAACGCGAUACAUCGACAGCUUUUGCUUCCAAGGUCCAGCUGACGCCAAGAUCACAAGUGACAAAAAGAAAAUUUGGACGUGAACUAAACAAUUUGGAAGAUGCUUUAUCGUUACAUGAAAAAGUGGCGGGAAAACGAAAUUGUACAAAAAUAAUGUAA